AUGAAGUGGGUCAGUAAAUCAUCAGCAGAUCCAUUACUCCUCAGGGAAAAUGAAAAGAGGAACAGAGGGAUCAAGGGAGCACAGAGGAAGAGAAAGAAGGAGGAAAAGAGCCUUAAAAGGAGGAGAACCGUGACCCCACCUGGGCAAAACCCAGCAGUCUCAAUCCUGUCAUUGCCACCUGAAGUGCUUGAGAACAUCCUAAUUAGGCUCUCAGUGCCUGAUGUUGUUUCCUUUGGAUCCACAUGCCGUUAUUUUCACAAGCUGAGCCUCAGCCAGGCUGUGUGGAAGAAUUUGUACUUUGAGAAUUUGAAAGGUCCUGCUCCUUCCAGGAAUGAUGAAACCAACUGGAGGAGGCUAACCAUCCUGAAGAUGAGCCAGGGGCUUGUCCUUCAGCGGGUUAGAAGUUCUUCUGGCAGGGGUAAAGCCCCUUUGCACCAUUUAAGAAGUCGGCAGCUGACCCAUUCAAUGUCAUUCAAUGCUCCCAUGGCGCUGGGCUUCCGUAGGGUGGUGCCCAUACUGGAUCACACAGUCCUCUGGGACUACAAGGGCACCAUCUUUGUCCUGUUCACCCCUCGGCGGAAUGUGAUGUGGAGGAGGCCCUUAGGCUAUUCAAUACUGUGCAACGAUGCCAAAGACAGUGCAUGGGACCCCCCUGCCCCACGCAUCAUGUGUGACUGUGUGGAGGUUUUCCAGUGGGACACCCACAAGAGGGUCUUCCGCAUGACUUUCCAUUUUUCUCUCAACUUCACGCAGCUCCGCCUGUGCGGACCGGAGAACAAACGCACUGUCCUGCUGCUGACCGACACUGGAAAAGUGUAUGCCAUGUCUAUGAGUGAGAUCCAGCUCAAUAAUUCAUGCCCCUACACUACGCAACUGACUCUCAAGAACGUUAGCAAAAUACUGCCAGAGCUGCCAAUCAAACAGAUCCACACCAGUUUUAACAGCAUUUUGUAUAUAAGAGCUGAUGGCUCAGUUUUCAUCGAAGUACAUUCUAUAGGAACAUACUACCAGCUGUUUGGGACUUACGCAGGACAUGACACCUAUGAUGCUCAAACUGUUAUCCCACUCAUGCUGCCAUAUAAGGUGGUGAAAUGCUCCUUGGGUCUUUCGCACCUCUGCCUGCUGGAUGACUGUGGAAGGGUCUUCAUGCAAGGAUGCAACCGCUAUGGCCAGUUAGGCACUGGAGACAAGAUCGACCGUGGCGAGCCCACUAUGGUGAUAGUGUCCAUGGCUCCAGUGGAUGUGUGGUGUGGACUGAACCACACGCUGGCCCUGCUACAGACUGAGUCUGGAGAUAAAGAGUUGCAGGGCUGCGGCUGUGGAUCAAAAGGCCGUUUACCUGGCUGCUGGACAGGCAGCCCUGUGUUUGUGAGACUCAGCGUCCAAGUUCCACGCGCUGCAAGUUCACUUUGUUCCUCCAAGGAAUGCCUUUUCCUCAUGUGCUCCCAUGACAUCGCUGAGCCCCCUGCACCUCACUACAUUCCACCUGGAACAGAGGAUGAGAAGGACAUUGAGAGAGGACAGGAAGAAGAGAAGCAGCGAAUGCAGAUUCACCUCACUCAGAUGAAAAGCUGUGACAGUGCCAAAAGGCAGAUCAUCAUGCUGCAGAGCGCUGUCAAACAGCACCUGACAGGCCUAAGUCCUGUCCACAAAGACUUCUUUGACACUGCAUUGAGCAUAAUCCUUGACCACUGUACCAGAGCCAAAAUGGAGCCAGAGGAGCCCUCCGAGGCAUAA